ACUGACACCAUCUCUCUCCCCCUGACAGAUGAACCGGAGGUGAAGAUCGAUGGUUUUGAUGGUAACUGGUACCUGAACCGUCAGGACGUCAGCCUCACCUGCAGCACCGACGCUAACCCCCCUGUCACCGUCUACCAGUGGAAACUGUUGAAUGGAUCUCUUCCCAGCACCGUUGAGAUUCGUAACAACUCUCUGAUCUUCAAGGGGGCGGUGACCUAUGAGCUAGCUGGAACAUACGUGUGUGAUGCCACCAAUGGGAUCGGGACUCGUACAGGUCUGGUCGAGGUCAACGUCACUGAAUUCCCUAACAACCCGCCACCUGGGGGCCGUGAGAUCCCGCAGGAGCAGCACAAUACGGGUGCCGUCAUCGGGGGCAUCGUAGGCGGGGUCGUCCUGUUAGCGGCGGCCGCCACCCUGCUCUUUGUGUUCCUGCGCCGCCGCCAACGCACCUUCAAGGGCGACUACAGCACCAAGAAGCAGGUGUUUGGGAACGGCUACAGCAAGGCCGGGGGCCUGCCAGCCCACCCUCCCAUCCCCAACAACCUGCAGUACCCAGACGACUCAGAUGACGAGAAGAAGCCUGCCCAGAUCGCUGUGACCGGAGGGUUCGAGGCAAGCGAGCGUGAUUUUGACGGAGACGCGGAGGACUUGAAGAGGCCCUAUUUCACGGUGGACGAAGGAGAGAGUCAAGAUUACGAUGAACGGACUCUCGCUUUCCAGUACAACCCCGGGACGGAGAUAGCCGAUGAUAUGGUGUCCCAAACCGAUGGCUCUGUUAUUUCAAAGAAAGAGUGGUAUGUGUAGGGGCAUGCAACAAACAACCAAACCAAACCAAGCUCCCAUCCCACCCCCCUACCAUCGCACUACCAUCGCACUACCAUCGCACUACCACCACUA